GGGGCUUGUACUGCGCAGGCGCAGUGAGGGAGGGGGCGCAACCCAGUGAGGAGGAGGCGGCGGCGGCGCGCGAGCGGCUGUGGUCGGUGCGCGCGCCAAGAUGAGUGAAUCUCUGGUGGUUUGUGAUGUUGCUGAAGACCUGGUGGAGAAACUGAGAAAAUUCCGAUUUCGCAAAGAGACCAACAAUGCUGCCAUUAUAAUGAAAAUCGACAAGGAUAAGCAGUUGGUGGUGCUGGAUGAGGAGCAUGAGGGUAUUUCUCCUGAUGAGCUAAAGGAUGAGCUGCCCGAGAGACAACCUCGAUUUAUUGUGUAUAGUUACAAGUACCAGCAUGAAGAUGGAAGAGUUUCCUAUCCAUUGUGCUUUAUCUUCUCCAGUCCAGUUGGAUGUAAGCCUGAGCAGCAGAUGAUGUAUGCUGGAAGCAAGAAUAAGCUUGUACAGACAGCUGAACUCACUAAGGUAUUCGAAAUCAGAAAUACAGAAGACCUAACUGAAGAAUGGCUGCGUGAGAAACUGGGCUUUUUCCACUAAGGAAAAUCUCUAAGUAUUUAUGUACCAUCCUGGUGAUACUGGAACCAGACAUGAAUACUUACAUCCAAGCAAUGCACUGUAUUCACAGCUGUCUCCUGCAGUAUCUCUCUUGUGCAGAGUUUGUGCAAAGAAUAGCAGGUCUGUCUCCUUGAAGUAACAAAUCUUUGCAGGUGUUUCCUUAUUUGUACCUGCUAAAAGGGAAUACUCCUCUGCAGGGACUCCUUUUGCACUCCUGUGACUAAUAUUUCUGUAACUAAAAUAGUUCAGUUCUGGAUUUAUAACCGUGUACAAACAUCAUUUGGAAGCUGACGCUAACUUUUUCUGAGCUACAAAUGCAUCCUUAUGACACACAUUAGCCAUUUAUAUGCAGAAUUUAUGUACUGUCACUUACCAGAUUUUUUGACUUAAUGUCUUCUCAAUUUUGAGGCAUAUGUUGGGAGCUCCCUGGAAGCACUUGUUUGGUAUUAAAAAGUCAAAAUCCUUGUACUGCAAAUCCAUCCAUUUAUCUUUCCAUCGAGUCCAUGUGAACUGUCUCAAAUUCUUGGAACUAAUUUUUGUCAUUCCAGGAAUUCCUCAGUUGCCUGAGUCAAUCUUCUUAAAUUUCAGGGCAAAGCUUUGACUGUCCAGUUCUCAUGCUAAUACAGUCUCACAGGAACUAGCUGAUAACUAAGGGCUGAACUACAACUCUGGUUCCUCUUGUACCAGAUUUCUUCUUGCAUCUCUGUUCUGACACUGUUGAGAAGUUUACCUCUGCUCAUUUCCUGUUAUCUGAACACCUGGUGAAUACUGUGUGCCUUUCAUUUGUUAGCUUUAAAAGGACUUGAGAAUUUUACACUGCCACUUCUUACAAAUUUGGUAAAAACUUUGUUAAAGAAUCCAAGUAAUAUUUGUUCCUAGUGCCUCGUGCUGCAGUUGACAUCUGUUAAAACAAAAAGCCAACCUCAUUUUCUUUGAAAUUCUAAUCAUCUGCUCCAUUUGUAGGAGUCAGGAGGUUAAAGUUUUUCAUGAUAAUGAACGAUUUAUAUCUCUUUUGUUAUAAAAGUUGGCCACACAUAGCUUUUGAGUACUUUAAUUAUUACAACCUCUAACUUUCUUAAUGUCUUUUUGGUCAAAAUUACAUUCCAGAUGAAGCUUUUGCAUAAGUGAUAUUUGAUUUUCAUCUACUUAACGGUUCAUCUCUUUGAAACAGCAAAUCUAAUGUGAAAAUAGUAUUUAACUUUUAUAAAUGACCAGUCUUUUUACAGGUCUGUUUUAUAUUGAAUAGAGUAGUUGUGUGAUGUGGGACACGUUCAGCACGUGCUGUGGCAGAAGGAGCACUCAUGGGACAGUCUCUCCCUAUCUUGCUCGUGAGUGUUUGUUGUGCUUCUGAAGAAGUGUCUGCGUAAGAGCAGCUUCCUGUUGAUAACAUACCUUAAAAUACAGCUGCCCCAACCAAUCUGCUCGCUGGGAAGGAAUGCAGUGUUAAAUUUGGAGGCCAGUAUUUCAUGCUGUGAAACCUUUGCUGAAAGUGGGGUUAUUUUUCAUUUGUCAACUUAGGUUGUGUUAGUGUUAAAACACUAACUCCUGCAAGAUCAAAAGGAAUUCAUUUGCAGAGGUCUUCAGUUUUGGUAAAUCUCUUCCUAUUUUGAUGUUAUUGCUCAUUUAUUUGUAUAUAAAUCUGACUUGAGAGGAGCUUUUCAAAAUACAGGUUGGAAUGAUCCAAUUAAAUUGAUCUUUUGGUGUGGGAAAGAAGUGCUUGUAAUUAAAUUUCUGUGUUAACGUACUGAACUGGAAAAACAAUUUCAUUUCCCUGGACGAAAAAUGUUGAUUAUGAAACUGUUGCUUUAUCAUUCUGUACUGCAGAUCAAUAAAAACCAUGUCUUUUGUGACAAACAUUGUAUAAAUAAGACUUCGGCUUAAAGGGUAGUGUCAUUCCAAGCAUCAGUCUGGAAACAAUAAGACUCUCUUUUGAGGUUUUUUUUGGGAUUGUACUAAAGGUGAGACAUGUCAAAGUACAGUGUGGGCGAGAGGGAAGCUGCUGCUUGGAAUGUUCAGCUUGAUUUGCAGUGGGGAAAAACUGGAUUAAUCAUGUCUGUUGUACUUUGUACACUGGUGGGCUGCCAGCAGCCAACUGCUGCCUGCGCAGGUCUGCAAAAAAAUAACUGUACAAGAGGCCUGCAUCAGGAGGGAAGGGAGGAGCUGCUGCAUGAAAUGAUGAAAUUUGACCUUUCAUCUCUGGAUUGCUCCCCCUUCUGCCAAGAAAUCAUUUCUCCUUAGAGCUGAAUCUUCAGCCGAGUUCUUCCACUUCACAUGUUCUCGUGCCUCACUUAAGCACUUUCUGCCUUGGGUGCUGCCCCUCCAGCCUUGCAGGGAGCAGACAGAUCCUCAUGAGAGUGUUAAAGCCCAGUUUCUCCUGAAAGGUGCUGUUGAUGCUGCUCAGCCCACCAGUAUUGCUCUUCAGCCAGCCCUGCCUGGCAGCUGUUCCUUCUUCCCUGGCUGAGCUGUGGAAGCAGCUGCAGGUUCUGGGAAGAUGAGUGUGCAGAGGGUGUUUGCUGUUCAGCCUUGUUUGUGUUCUCUUUGGUCUUAAUGCAGUGUUUUGACACAACUGGCUGCUGCUAAUUGUCCUGGGCUCUUGAGAUGCAGGUAGUGCUAACACUUGAUUAAACAAAGACAUCAUUAUGUCCAGGUCUUUCCUGCACAAAUAAUCCUUGUUUUCAUAACAUCUUUCCCCACCUUAUCUGUAGAACUGUGUGUUCUGUGCUGCUGCCCCCUUAGGCUCAGUGGGAGGCAGAUGAGUCCAUGUUCAGGCCAGUAUGUUCCUGCUGGGCUUUGCUGGUGAGUUGCCCAUCUGUAAUCACACAUUUCUCUUGAAUUUUCAGACCUCUAAAGAGACAUCUAAAGGACAGCAUAAAUUAGCCUAGGGGAGCCUUUGUAGCUAAAGGUCUGAGAGUCAGCAUUUUCCACUGGGAGCUCCUAUUUUUCAGGAGUUGGUAAGUUGGCCAUAAAAUCCUUGGUCUGGAGUUAAAGGUCUCUCCAAGGGAGACUUCUGCCACAAUUAAUCAGGUUUACUUUAAAUAUUGACUAGAUGGCUGGGAUACAGCUCUUGUAAUCCUAUUCACUGAGGGUAAGCUGAAUUAAAGCAUGAAUUUGCAUGUCAGCCCAUGAAAUAGACUUGUAGUGUUCUGAAUAUUUUUAACAAAAAAAUGUAAAUGCUGGUAUUUGAUGGUUUAAGUGUAUUUCUAGUUUAAUGAAUACUGUUCUGAUCUAUUAAAGGAGGCAAUAAUGUAGGUCUUGAUACCUUUUUCACGUCUCCAAAGGAGAAUCUUUGCAUUUGUACCAGGAUUCCAUUUUUGUAUCUUUAACUGUAACAUAGCUGGUCCAGAAGCAAUGUUAAACUGAUGAUGGGUCUGACUCAAACAGGCAGAAGCAAGAGAAUUCAAUUCCUUACUUCAGAGCAUUCCAAAAAUAAACAUCAUGAACAUUGUUUUUAUACAUACAUGUAGUGACUGUGAAGUGGAGCUAUGGUGGAACAUGAGAAGGGGCUCAGUGAAACUCUUGUGUUUGUUCUGUGGUCCAGACUUGUCUUAAAAGGUGUGAGAGGUUCACGGCCAGAUUUGAGAAUUUGGCAGUUCCAUGAAAAUACCAGUAACCAGUACAACUUCCAUAUGCUGUUUAGUCUCUGCUACUUCACAUUGCAUGUUUACUUUAAACCAAAUCUUUUUUUGCUAAGCAUGGUGCUUGUAUUGGUUUAAAUAAAAUGUUUCAUUAAGA